UAAUUAUUCUAAUCGUAAGAUCGCCUCUUUAGAAGGUCUAAAUAUGGACCACAUAAGGAAUUCGUACUACAAAUCCGAUAAUAUUUUGAUAAAAAAUUUAAUGAAAAUCCCUUACAAAUUGAUUCAUAAAAAAAGGCCCGAAAAUAAUCUCAAGAAAGGUUACGAGAACCGCGUAUGGAAAAACGAUUUAGAAAGAGGCACCGAUUCCAACAAAUCUUUACUAAAAGAGGAUAGCGAAUAUUACAGUGGAGAUUUAGAGAUCGUCAAAAGACCGAAGGCAGUCUUCAAACCAAAUUCUUCGAAUUUUAAAAAUUACUAUGCCACCAAUGGUUUGAAAAGAAUAAAAAACUCUGGCGAUGAUAAUAAUCUGAAACAAGAGAAUGCGGGAUACCGCCUUUUCCGGCGCAAGGCUUUGUUCGAAAAACGCAAAAAACUCAGUGAUUGGUGCCUUAUAUUAGCUGUUAUCGGACUGGUUCUUAUGAUAUUCGAGAACGAAUUAUUCUAUAGGACACAAUCUCCCAAAGCAAUCACUAUCAUUGUCGCCUUCACCUUCAAAGUUCUAAUAACAAUAUCUACAAUAAUGUUGCUCAUACUCCUUAUUUACUAUUAUAAAACAGAACUCCGGAUAUUUAAAGUGGAAAAUUUUGUCGAGGAUUGGAGAGUUGCUAUAACAUCUAAGGGAGUCCUAAUGUUGAUAAUAGAACUAGCCAUUUGCUGCAUACAUCCCGUUCCGAAACUUGCUUUUUUAAAAUAUCUAAUGGAUAGAAACAAAAUGGCUCAUUAUUACUUCAACGAUGAUAAUGAAGAUCUACAAACAAAUUCUACCGUCCAUUUAACUAUUUUAGCCCCUAUAAUUCAAAAUGAUCUGCCCAUCGCUCAUAAUCAAACUGAUGUGAUACUUUCGGUGCUAAUGUUUUCGCGUUUGUAUUUGGUCGGUCGUGCUUUACUAUUACACAGCAAAAUGUUUAGCGAUACUAGUUCCAGAAGUAUCGGCGCGCUAAACAAAAUCAAAUUUAAUACGCAAUUCAUAUUUAAAACGUUGAUGACGAUGUAUCCGGUAACGGUGUUAUUAAGUCUCAUGAUAUCUUGGUUUCUCUUGGCCAGCUGGAUAUUACGCACUUGCGAAAGGCAACAUGACCCAAAUAAUGCCAAUAUAUUUAAUGCAUUUUGGUUAACCUCAAUCACUUUUUUAGCUAUUGGUUACGGUGAUCUAGUUCCAAAUACUUAUUGCGGUAGAGGUAUAAGUGUCUGUACCGGAAUAAUGGGUGCUGGUUGUACCGCUUUAGUUGUGGCCGUGUUAGCCAAAAAACUCGAACUUACUAAAGCCGAAAAACAUGUCCACAAUUUUAUGAUGGAUACGCAAUACACUAAAAGAUUGAAACACGCGGCCGCUAACGUUUUAAGAGAAACCUGGUUAAUUUAUAAAUUUACCAAGUUGACUCAACGCUCAAAUGUUAACCGAAUUAGAAAACAUCAAAGAAAAUUUCUUGCCGCCAUUAAAAACUUGCGGCAAGUUAAAACUGACCAAAGGAAGCUGCUGGAUAGCCAAAACGCACUAAUCGACAUCGCCAAAAUACAAAUGUCUAUACAUGAGACAGUGACUCAAAGCAAUGCAACUCAAAUCAGUAUAAAUUCUCAGCUGGACACACUUCAAACUCAGAUCAAUCAAAUUUUCGUCGAAAUGCAAAAUUUUAAUAAAAACAUUAAAAAUGCAAACAUUCAACACAAUAUAACAUAAAAUUAUUAUAUUAUA